AAUGCCACUAAGGUGGCCACUCUCCUUUUUCUUUUGCCAUUGAAUCUUUCUUCUUUCUCAGUCUUUGUAGCACUGAUUAGUGUUUCUUUACUUUUGAGAUCUUGAGUUGGAAUAAGUUGCAGACUGCAGAGACAGAGGAAGAAUGAAGAUAUUCAACUGGGUUCAUAGGAAAUUUCAACAAAAUGCUGAUAGCUACUCUGUGUGUCCAAAAAAAGAGGGAAAAUUGCCGCUGGAAAAAACAAAACACGAAAUCCAUAUAAACAAUUCGCACGAUAAGGAGGUGUUACUUGACAAUGUCACUUUAGUUGAAGUUCUGGACGGUUGGAAAGAUGGCAUUUUAACGAUUGGUACAUUUGGUUUUGAUCCCUUGAAAGAAAACGAAGAAUUUUCACCUGACAACAACAAAGAAUGUGUCCAAGAAGAAGAAGAAGAAAAUUCUGCUGAGAAAAAUAAAGGAAUGCUGAAUCCAGUAGUUGUUAAGGCUUUCGAAAUUGAGUUUCUCAAAGAAAUGGGCUCAAAUCUUGACGCAAGUGUACCGAGACUUGAUCAUUUAACUCCCAGAGUUGAGGAUGCUCCUUUACUGAAAUUUAUUGAAUCCCCUGAAAUCAAAGCCGAUGAGGUAGAGAUUGAUAAGAAGAAGAGAACAACACUUGCCGAUUUGUUCUCAGCUGACUCAGUUGAUGGUGCCAUGGAGAAAUCAGGUUUGGAUGAGGAAAAGUCAGAAUCGAAUAAGAAAUCCUCGGCAACAAAAACUGGUCACUCAUUCGGCAAGAAGCUAAUGCCUCCCAAGGGUGAGACUCGAGUAAUAAAAAAAUUACACAAGAUGGUAACAAAGAUGUUGAAGAAGAAGAUUCAUCCUGACCUUGAAAGCAAGCAGGUCCGUGGAAAUAAGGAAGGAUCAAUUGCAAAUGAAUCGACCGUGGAGAUGAUGAACUGUAAUGGUGUAUCAGCAGCACAAUGUAUUCAGGACUCGAGCCAGGUUACUGGAAGGGUGGAAUUGAUUUCUCUACUUUCAACUCAAACAAGUGUGUAGACUCCGAUACAAUUUCCACCAUAGAUUUCCCUGGGACAUAGAUGAAGCUGUUUUGUUUGAGUAAUUUUAUUAGAUCUUUGGGAUGAUUUUUUCUUAGCUGCUCUGAACUUUAUAAUAUGUAAGGAUUUGGUUUGUUGAUAUAUUGUUCUUUUCUUAUUUUUUCUUACUUUGUCAGUAACUUAUAUCGUAGAGAAGUUUGGACUCCAUAUCUCAAAUGUCACCCCUCGAACACUUUAUCAUCCGAUCAAAGAGACAUCUGCUCAUCAAUUGUUGAUGCUAUUUAAGAAAUUUGAUUGUUAAGCGAUAUAAAUGUUGUACCCUGCGGGAAAAUUGUGUAAUACAGAUAUGUAUAUGUUGGAUUGAGUACUGGUCUCACGGGUGAUGUCGGUGAGAUUUUU